AUGGCCAGCGGCAGCCCCGCCAAGAUGGACAGCAGCGCCAGCCAGCCGCCGCUGCCGCCGCCGUUCCUGCAGCCCGCCUGCUUCUUCGCUGCUGCCGCCGCCGCGGCCGCCGUGGCCGCCUCACAGAGCGCGCAACGGCAGCACCAGCAGCUGAGCCCGGCGGCGGCCAGCGGCCAAGCCUCUCCGGGCGCCGCCAAAGCGCCUGUUGCGGCUGCGCCGAAGCAGCAGCCGCAGCAGCAGCAGGUGAAGCGGCCGCGCUCGUCGUCACCGGAGUUGAUGCGCUGCAAGCGGCGCCUCAACUUCAGCGGCUUCGGCUACAGCCUCCCCCAGCAGCAGCCGGCGGCGGUGGCGCGGCGGAACGAGCGGGAGCGGAACCGCGUCAAGCUGGUCAACCUGGGCUUCGCCACGCUGCGCGAGCACGUCCCCAACGGCGCCGCCAACAAGAAGAUGAGCAAGGUGGAGACGCUGCGCUCGGCCGUCGAGUACAUCCGGGCCCUCCAGCAGCUGCUCGACGAGCACGACGCCGUCAGCGCCGCCUUCCAGGCCGGUGUCCUCUCGCCCACCAUCUCGCCCCACUACCCCAACGACAUGAACUCCAUGGCCGGCUCGCCCGUCUCCUCCUACUCCUCGGACGAGGGCUCCUACGACCCCCUCAGCCCCGAAGAGCAGGAGCUGCUGGACUUCACCAACUGGUUCUGAGCGGGGGCCGGCCCUUGGCGCUGUUGCAGGACUGCGAGCAACACUGUUGUGUCCUACUACUUUCCCCCCUUCCAGAUAUGGAAAGGAAAAGGAAAAGUCAUACAAUGAAAGCAC